CUCUCUCUUGCUUCCAAAAUUUCCACAGUUCUGGCUUUUUAUUGAAGGCUGUGGAGUGCUGCUGCUCUAUACAGACUUUUUGUUUCUAAUUGUUUCGUGAUUUUUGUUUGGAUCUAUCCUCUCUUUUUUUGUGUCUAAGUAAAGGUACCAUUUUGUAAACAUAUUUGCAGCUUAUUGGAUGCUGUCUUAAGAAUCGAAAUGGUUCAGGGUUAAUGCUUUUAGGUGGCCUCCCCAUUGUGUUUGCAAAUAUUGUUGAUUUUGGUAGGGAAUUCUCCUGAGGUUUUGCCUUUUGGGUGAGGAGGGAGACGGAGACACUUUGGGGGCUCAAUUAUCUGGCUGGGUUUUGUAGGAUUUUAGCAAUUCUUCUGUGUGUGGGUUAGUUAUGUUAUUCUCCAAUGUGUUUUCUGCGUUGGUGGAUCAUUUAUGUCUUCCGACAAGCCAUUGUUGUCCCAAUUUGAACCCUCUUAUGCCCCAAACCCUCAGCCCCAUCACCAUCGCCGUCACUCAUCCUUGAAAAAUAACCCACUGGGAUGUUUGUCCGAGACUACGCCAAUCUCUUCGUGGGUUGCUCAUGAUACACAAAAUUGCGAAGCUUACAAUCUGAAAGAGUCGGAGGAAAAUUUUGCCCUAGGUGAGGGUAAAACUAUUGCAGAGAAUUUUUUGGAACGCCCCACUUUACAGCCUGCCGGAAAGGAAUUUUGGUCGGCUGAACUUCAUAAGCAAUGCCCCCCACGCGAGCGGAAACGCCUUGUGUCAUGGGGUGGUGUAAUGGAUCUGCGACACUUGAAAGCUCUUGAAAUCUCUGGGGCUUCUUCUUCUAGGGUACAGGACUUGAACAGACCUCAGACAUCUCGAAGAUCUGAAAGGUUCCUUCAGAUAAGCAUGCAGCUCGAGGAAAAUAUACCGCAUCAUGACAACCCCAGGUUGAUCCAUAUUAAUGAUCCGAAGAAGACUAAUGAUAAGUUUGGGUUCUCUGGAAAUGAGAUUCGGACGAGCAAAUACACAUUGCUUAACUUUUUGCCAAAGAAUCUCUUCAUUCAGUUCCAUAGGGUUGCUUAUUUGUAUUUUUUAGCCAUUGCCGCUUUGAACCAGCUUCCCCCUCUUGCAGUAUUCGGAAGAACGGUUUCCCUUUUCCCUCUUCUUUUCGUGCUGACUGUCACAGCUGUAAAAGAUGGUUAUGAGGAUUGGCGAAGGCACAGGUCUGACAGGAAUGAGAAUAAUCGGGAGACGCUAGUGUUCCAAUUGAAUGAAUUCCACCCCAAAAGGUGGAAAAAGAUUCAGGCAGGUGAGGUGGUGAAGAUUAGUUCUGAUGAGACCAUUCCUUGUGACAUGGUGUUGUUAGGAACUAAUGAUUCUAGUGGAAUUGCUUACAUACAGACAAUGAAUUUGGAUGGCGAGUCGAACUUGAAAACAAGGUAUGCUCGACAAGAAACUAACAAAUUGGUACUUGAGGGGACGACAAUAUCCGGGGUUGUCAGAUGUGAGCAGCCGAAUAGGAAUAUCUAUGAGUUCAUGGCCAAUAUGGAGUUGAAAGGGCAGCGUUUUCCUCUCAGUCAGUCAAAUAUUAUUUUGCGUGGUUGUCAGCUGAAGAACACUGAAUGGGCAAUUGGGGUUGUGGUUUAUGCCGGUCAAGAUACGAAAGCUAUGUUGAACAGUGCAAUGUCAUCUUCUAAAAGAAGCAGACUUGAAACCUACAUGAAUAGGGAAACUAUCUGGUUAUCUGUUUUCCUUUUAAUCAUGUGUGUUGUUGUAGCACUUGGGAUGGGUUUAUGGUUGAAGCGCCAUGAGACCCAGCUUGACACACUGCCUUACUACAGAAAAAUUUACUUCCAGAAGGGGAAAGAAGGAAAGAAGUACAAGUAUUAUGGGAUUCCUAUGGAGACUUUUUUCUCACUUUUGAGUUCGAUUAUAGUUUUCCAGAUAAUGAUUCCAAUAUCCCUCUAUAUCACCAUGGAGCUAGUACGGUUGGGGCAAUCAUAUUUCAUGAUUGGUGACCAGCAUAUGUAUGAUAGUAGCAGCAAUUCUAGGUUUCAGUGCAGAUCCUUGAAUAUUAAUGAAGACUUGGGACAAAUACGAUAUGUAUUCUCCGAUAAGACAGGCACACUGACAGAAAACAAGAUGGAAUUCAGAAAAGCUAGUAUCUGGGGAAAGAAUUAUGAUAACAGUUACCCUGACGCUGAUGCAUCACUAGAAGCGAAAGAUGUUACAGUAGAUAGAAGAAAAUGGAAGCUUAAAUCGGAAAUUACCCCUGAUCCGGAGCUCAUGAAAUUGUUGUACAAGGAUUUAUCUGGAGAAGAAGGGGUUGCUGCGCAUGAGUUCUUUCUGACACUGGCGUCUUGUAAUACUGUGAUUCCUAUUCUCACUGAAAGUUCUUCAAGUGGCUGUGACGGUGUAUUAGGUGGUAGUCCUGUAUCUAUAGAUUAUCAAGGUGAAUCUCCUGAUGAACAGGCACUGGUUGCCGCAGCUUCUGCUUAUGGUUAUACACUUUUUGAGAGGACAUCUGGACACAUUGUUAUUGAUGUCAAUGGUGAGAAAAUAAGGUUGGAAGUUUUGGGCCUUCAUGAGUUUGAUAGUGUGCGUAAAAGAAUGUCGGUUGUUAUCAGGUUUCCAAAUCACACCAUUAAGGUAUUGGUUAAGGGGGCUGAUACAUCAAUGUUCAGCAUCUUAGACAAUGAUCGGCCUGCCGAGGAUCAUAUAAGACAUGUGACACAGGUUCAUUUGAAUGACUAUUCAUCUGAAGGUUUGCGCACUCUGGUUCUCGCCUCUAGGAACCUUACUGGUGAAGAACUGGCAGAGUGGCAACACAGAUAUGAAGAUGCUUGCACAUCUUUGACUGACAGAUCUGUAAAACUGCGCCAGACAGCAGCCUUAAUUGAAUGCAACUUAACCCUUCUUGGGGCUACAGCUAUUGAGGACAAGUUACAAGAGGGCGUACCAGAAGCCAUUGAGUCCUUGCGCCAGGCUGGAAUAAAGGUGUGGAUCCUCACUGGAGAUAAGCAAGAGACAGCAAUAUCUAUUGGUCUCUCUUGCAGACUCUUGACUGCAGAUAUGAACCAGAUUAUCAUCAAUGGAAAUUCCGAAAAUGAAUGCAGGAAACUUUUAUGUGACGCCAUGGCCAAAUACAAUGUGAAUUCUACCAGUUGCUCUAGUCAGAUCACUAAAUUGAGGAGGAAAGCUGAACCUGAUUAUCUUGAACUCCCUUCUCAGACAAAGUCGUCCAGUAUGCCCCAACAAUGUGCAGGCGAGGAAGACACACCUAAUUUUGGGCCGCUAGCCCUUAUAAUUGAUGGGAAUAGUCUGGUUUACAUACUAGAGAGAGAUUUGGAGUCUGAGUUAUUCGACCUUGCGACUUCGUGUAGGGUUGUGCUCUGUUGUAGGGUUGCACCCUUACAGAAGGCUGGAAUUGUUGACCUCAUAAAAGGCCGCACCGAUGAAAUGACAUUAGCUAUAGGCGAUGGGGCUAACGAUGUUUCAAUGAUCCAAAUGGCGGACGUUGGUGUUGGAAUAUGUGGUCAAGAAGGGCGCCAAGCGGUGAUGGCAUCUGAUUUUGCUAUGGGGCAAUUCAGAUUUUUGAAGAGAUUGCUUUUGGUGCAUGGACAUUGGAAUUAUCAGCGUAUUGGUUACCUAGUCCUCUAUAACUUCUAUCGAAAUGCCGUGUUUGUAUUGAUGCUUUUCUGGUACAUUUUGUGUACGGCCUUUUCAACUACCUCUGCUCUGACAGACUGGAGCAGUGUUUUUUACUCUGUUAUAUAUACCUCAGUACCUACCAUCGUUGUUGGUGUUCUAGACAAGAACUUAAGUGACAAGACACUACUCAAGUAUCCAAAGCUUUAUGCGGCGGGCCAUCGACAAGAGAGUUACAAUAUGUCCCUCUUUUGGAUUACAAUGGUUGACACAUUAUGGCAGAGUCUUGUUCUCUUCUAUGUACCGUUGUUCAACUAUAGAGAGAGCACUAUUGACAUAUGGAGUAUGGGCAGCUUGUGGACGAUAGCAGUUGUUAUCUUAGUCAAUGUACACUUGGCGAUGGAUAUUCAGCGAUGGGUAUUUGUUACUCAUCUUGCAAUAUGGGGAUCAAUAAUCGUAACGUAUGGUUGUAUGGUGGUGCUUGAUUCUAUACCUGCUUUCCCGAACUAUGGUACAAUAUACCAUCUGGUGAAGUCACCAGCUUAUUGGCUCUCCAUUUUGCUGAUAACGGUUAUAGGAUUGCUCCCGCGGUUUAUUUUCAAAGUAUUCCAUCAGACUUUCUGGCCUUCUGAUAUCCAAAUUGCUAGAGAAGGUGAGAUAUUGAGAAGAAGAAGAAGAAGGCGACAUAUAGGGUCGAAGACAGAUGAGGUUUCAAGCUGACGUGUUACAUGUAUACUAUAUUUAAUAGAGAAUAGUGAGCCUCUCCUCACCUUUGUUCAGAUCCUAGCGGUAUACAAGCGUCGAAUUUAUUGGUAUUUCGGAUGAGCAGCAGAAAUGGAAUUGAUGGCAUGUGAAACGAGCAGGAACAGCCGAGACAAUAAUUCAACUUAACUUAUACAAAGCAGCAGGGGAGAGGGACUGGGCUUAUAUUUGGACAAGGCUAUAUAUGUUAAUCUUAGUGAAGGAGAAAGUGUUGGGCUGAGAACAAAAAGUCGAGUCGAGAAGGUGCGUUCUGUGUUGCUACAAUCCGAGGUGUAUUUUUAGUUGUACCUGGAAGAAUGUACUGUACUGUACUGUAUAGGCACAUAUAUGAGAUUUUACAAGUAAGGGAAAGUUGGCAUAACGCCGUGUAUAGAGAGAGUGGUCGAUUUCUUUAGAGAAAGUAGGUGUUUGUUUUAUCCUCUACAUAUCUUCUAUCUGUAACAACAUGUCUUUAUAUAACUUAUAAAAGAUGCAUUUUUAAUUA